GGAACAAUAUGGGAGAAUGUCUUAAAAUCGCUAUUUUGUUGAUAUUCCCACAACACAACUAUACAUGUAUUUAUGCAUUUUUCCCCUUUUCAUUUGGGAUAUAUUUAAAUACAGCUUGCUAAGUUACAGAUUUCAUGUCUGGGAUCUUUGGAAGUCCUCUUCUAUUUCCCCAAUCCAGACUUUCAGUCUGUGAUGGGGAGAAGACCAGUCAGGUUUCUCAUUGAGCAUGCAUGAGAGUACAGCACUAACAUUGGCUCCUGGCAGAUGAUGCACCAGGAGCUAAAGAGGAGCUCGUGGAUGAAGAUGGCAUCGGCUGCGUAGGAUAGGUUCAGCCUCUGUCAAUCAUGUCAGCUAAUUUUGAAGAGAGAAGUGGCAUAGUGUCAUGUACAACUCCUUGGGGCUGCUGGUACCAAACCAUGGAGGAAGUUUUUAUUGAAGUUCACGUGCCUCCUGGAACACAAGCCAGAGAUAUUCAUUGCAAACUUGGAAGCAGGGAUAUAAGACUAACCGUGCAGGGGAAAGAUGUCAUUAAGGGAAAAUUAUUUGAUUCUACAAUAAGUGAUGAGGGAACAUGGACCUUAGAGGAUAGAAAACUAAUAAGGAUAAUUUUGACAAAGUCAAAUCGGAAUGCUGGUAAUUGCUGGACCUCUUUAUUGGAAGAAGAGUAUUCUGCUGAUCCACUGGUGCAGGAUCAAAUGCAAAAAAAACUUACAUUGGAAAGAUUUCAAAGAGAGAAUCCUGGCUUUGAUUUCAGCGGAGCAGAACUUUCAGGAAAUUACAGCAAAGGAGGACCAGACUUUUCAUUUACGGAAAAAUAAACACUAUAUCCUGUGAAUAAGAAAAAUAAACGCCUUCAUUAUUUCUUGUUAACAUAUAAAAAGUAAUAACUGAAAAA